CUCAAACCACACAAAAACGCACACUCUCCACUGCCCUAUCUGCUCCCCUGUUCGUGCCCUGUUGGGGGCGACGGUGGCGACGCUCAAUGGGCUCUUCUUCCUCGCCCAUCAGGUCGCCUUUCCAACGAGCUCCAUCUCGCCUAGUUCUAUCCUUUUCCUUGGUUUUGUCCCCUUUGUUUUUUUUUUUUUUUUUUCUCUCUACUCUUCGUCUGGGUCGUGAGGUGAAUAGCUCUUAGGGCAACCAAGAGCUUGAGAGCUCUCCAGGGAGAGAGAGCUAAGUAACUCCUCUACUGUCUCAGAGCUUUCUAGCGAAAGAAGAAGAAGAACGCAGCAGCAGCAAAAAAAAAAAAGAUUUUUUUUCCUUGCCCUUUUUGUCAAUUGCCUGAGUAGUUCCUCCUUAGGUCUCUCCGUCACGGCCUUGCUUGCUUGUCCGCGCGAGAGAGAAUUAUUUAUCCAUACUGUUCUUCCUCUUUCCUUCGUGAUUUUUUUUUUUGCUUUGUUCUUCCUCUUCACUCGGUUGGUUCUUUGCAUGGGAGGUGUUUAAUCCCCUUGGAGCUGCUCCUCCACAGCAGUAGAGGAAUGGGGAAGCAGGGCCCUUGCUACCACUGUGGAAUUACCACAACACCACUGUGGCGGAAUGGCCCCCCGGAGAAGCCAGUUUUGUGCAAUGCCUGUGGCUCGAGGUGGCGGACUAAAGGCACGCUCAUCAACUACAUGCCAAUGCACUCGGGCGGAUUUGGAGUUGGGAGUGACAAAGCGAGAUGGAACUCUAACCGGACCGCUCCAGAGAAGACGAUCAUCUCGCGCAAGAGAAAGGAACCAUCGGAUGGAAACUCGGAGAGCGCUCUCUCGAAAACCAGCACGUAUUUCUCCACCAGCGCGGAGGACGAUGCCAGCACGCGAUCGAGCCUCGGCUCUGAGGUUUCGACGUUCGAUGGUCCCUUCUACAGAUCGGCCGUCGCUCCUGUGCGUGGAACGCCUUGGGACACUCCAGUUCCAUCUCGCAGGCGCACAAACAUGUUCCGAUCCCGGGCCUCCUCAGACAAAAUCGCCAGGAACCUCGUCUCGCUCGAGGAGCAAGAGGUGUCGUCGGUGACAUGCCCCGAGAAUGGUGACGCUGUAGUUUUGUUCGAGACAAAGUCACCGCUGGUAGCGGUGGAGAUUGGGCUUGGAAGUGUUUUUAUCCGGCAGCCUGCGCAGCAAAUCGCCCAGCAGCAGGAGCACGAGUCCGAGGCGAGCUCGUUGCUCAUCGAUAGUGGCACUAGAGGAGGAGGAGGAGCACACGAACUCGGUGAGGUUCCUGGUCAAAGUACCGGGCUCUACAAUUCGGCCCCGUUGAGAGGAAAGGAGAAGCUCGCCAUCGGCUACCAAAGACCCGAGACUCAUUACAAUCCCAGUAGAACGCUCUUAGAAAUUUUUCCCUACAACAAGAGAAAUGUGCUGCAAAGCAAGCAGUCUCCACUCAACUUCCUGGAACUCAAGGAUGUGAUUAAUGCUGAUACGUUUACCGAGCUAUUGACGGAUCAAGAGCAACUCCAGCUUCUAAAGUUCCUCUCCUCGGUGGACAUCUCGCAUUGUCCACAAAGCUUGAGCAGCAUGUUUAGCAGCUCCCAGUUCGAGAGGGCAGUGUCCAACUUUCAGCGGCUUCUUUCCGAAGGAACGUUCGACUCGCCCGAAGCUGGAUCCAGUCCUCGCGUUUUGCAGCACUACCAGCAACUUCUAUCGGUCACGGACUUGGCAGCGUCCGGAUGGGCCGAAAGCUUGUCUCAGCUUCAAAAUCAAGCUCGAACUUCCAAGCGCCGGGCUGAGCAGCCGCCGUGUGGCAAAGAGCACAAGCUUCUCAAGCCUCCCUGCGCAGGAAAUGCAUCGCUGCUCGCGAUCGAGAGGACGGACGACUCAAUCCUCCAUGGAACUCACAAGCAACACGAGCUUAACUACGGGGUCUCUUCAAGCAGCUCGAAACCAAGCCAGGAAUCAUCCGGCCCCCGGCGAGCUACGACUUCCUCUUUCCUGCCCGAGUCCACGGCGAUUCCAGCGCGAAAACCCGUGAAGAACAACCUCAUGGAGGAGGGCCACGACAGCGGUGGCGAGCAGGACUUGCUCGUAAACGUCCCCUCGAGCAUGUCCUUCCGCCACGACGCCGAGCUCCUGCUACUCCAAAAGCCACCAUCCAUGGAUCAUCUCAGGGACAAAGGAGGGAAUGGAAACGGUGGGAGCAAUGCGAGUGGAGGCGAUUGCGCGGACUUGAUCGUCACGAACACUUGGCAUUCGACCGACUGGGAUGGAUUCUUGUGGACGAGCCCGGCAUCGGCGAGAGGAGGAGGAUCGACUAGAAGGCGGGUUCUUCCCAAUGGAACCGUGCUCAAUCCGUAAGUAGCAAGAACGGGAACACCGAAAAAAACGAAGAACAAAGAGAAAACGAAAAGUAAUGUAACUUUUCCCGGUACAUUUUGAAUUUGCGAA